AUGGCAUCAUCGGAGCUGACUUUUCAUCAGAUCCGAUAUGUUGGAAAGGUUGGAACCGGUGUAUUCCGGAUGGGCGAAAGCCAGCUGGGGUGGAAAGGAAAUGCGUCGCAAUUUCCUCGACCUUUCCAAUGGGCAGGUAGCGAGCUCAAGGCGGCCGAGUGGCAUCCCCAUUGUGGGGGUGGUCGAGCUCUCUUAAAGCUGGUCUUCCAGGGCAAGCCUGCAAGCGAAAUCGUGCGAUUAGCUGACUUUCAGAAGGGCGACCUAUCCCAGAUCAAGGAGCAUCUUCAAUCCAGAUGCAAGGUGACAUUGGAAGAGCAUCUUCCUUGCACGAAAGGUUGGUCGUGGGGAGAGCUGCAGUUGAAAGAGGAGCACUCACUUUGUCUUUCAGCUGGCGAAAAUGUCAUCAUGGAGAUUGACGUCCCAGAGCUCGGCCAGGUCAGCUGCACGGGCAAGAAUGAGUUGAAUCUCGAGCUGCUUCGGCGUGAUUGGGGGGCAAAGAGACUAGAGGCAUCAUUGAAGGAAGCCCGUGGAGGAAUCAGGCUUGACUGCCGGAGCCUCUCUAGCUUGGGCUGGGUAAGUUGA